GAUUUCAUCUCAGGGGUGCGGGUGCAUGUCCAUUCCAGAUGUAUGACAGGUGUGUGCGUGUACGUGUAUGUUUGGGACUGUAGAGGCACGCGCUUACAUAAGUGGUUAGGCAAGCCGGCAUGUGGACUUGUGUGGGAUGGGUCUGCAUGUAAAUCGUGUUUUUGGGUUUUGGUGUGUCAAGUGCUCCCCGCCCGGGACUUGCGUGCAGAGGGAACGUGCUUUUAGGUCUUUCGAGUCUUCCAAUGUUGUGAUCGUAGGGUGAGCAAAGACACUCAGAAUGGCUCAGGGAUCCGGGGAUCAAAGAGCAGUGGGGAUUGCUGACCCAGAGGAGAGUUCUCCAAAUAUGAUUGUCUACCGCAAAAUUGAAGACAUCAUUACAAAGAUGCAAGAUGACAAGACAGGGGGUGUGCCCAUCAGAACAGUUAAGAGCUUUCUCUCCAAAAUCCCCAGUGUUGUCACAGGUACUGACAUUGUGCAGUGGCUGAUGAAGAACCUUUCCAUUGAGGACCCAGUUGAAGCAAUACACUUGGGGAGCCUUAUAGCUGCCCAGGGCUACAUCUUUCCCAUCUCAGACCACGUUCUCACCAUGAAGGAUGAUGGCACCUUUUAUCGUUUCCAGGCUCCAUACUUCUGGCCUUCGAACUGCUGGGAACCUGAAAACACUGACUAUGCCAUCUAUCUCUGUAAGAGGACAAUGCAGAAUAAAGCAAGGCUGGAAUUGGCAGAUUAUGAAGCAGAAAACUUAGCAAGACUCCAGCGGGCCUUUGCAAGGAAGUGGGAAUUCAUCUUUAUGCAAGCAGAAGCACAAGUGAAGAUUGACCGGAAAAAGGACAAGACAGAAAGGAAAAUUUUGGAUAGUCAAGAGCGAGCCUUUUGGGAUGUCCACCGGCCAGUGCCAGGUUGUGUGAACACAACAGAAAUGGACAUCAGAAAAUGUCGACGUCUGAAGAAUCCUCAAAAGGUUAAAAAGUCAGUGUAUGGCGUGACUGAAGAGUCCCAGUCACAAAGUCCUGUGCACAUACCUGCCCAGCCAGUCAGGAAAACAACAAAAGAGGACAUCCGGAAGCAGAUAACAUUUUUGAAUGCACAGAUUGACAGACAUUGUUUAAAAAUGUCCAAAGUGGCUGAAAGCAAAGAGCCCAGCCAGCAGAGGGUAAAGAGGUGGGGCUUCUCUUUCGAUGAGAUACUGAAGGACCAGGUGGGGCGGGACCAGUUUCUCCGAUUCCUGGAGUCCGAAUUCAGUUCAGAAAACCUCAGGUUCUGGUUGGCUGUCCAAGAUCUUAAGAAGCAACCCCUACAGGAUGUGUUCAAGAGGGUGGAAGAAAUCUGGCAAGAAUUUCUGGCUCCAGGGGCCCAAAGUGCAAUCAACCUGGAUUCUCACAGCUAUGAGAUAACCAGUCAAAACGUCAAAGAUGGAGGGAGAUACACGUUUGAAGAUGCACAGGAACACAUCUACAAGCUGAUGAAGAGUGACAGCUAUGCUCGCUUCCUCCGGUCAAAUGCUUACCAGGACUUGCUGUUAGCCAAGAAGAAGGUAUCUUUGGGAAGGGCAAGCUUGCCUCUCUUAGCACUGUGAACUCUUGCCUGAUGCUUGCUGCUGAUGUCAAAUGGCAAAAUCAUUCCUUGGGUUUUAUUUAUUUUCUCCUUUCUUCUGUCUCUUCUGCAUCCCCUUCCACUCCAAUUGAAAACAAUUAGGAUGGUCCCCACUCCAGUCC